AAAAUUCAGACCUUACCAGACCUCUUUAGAAUAUAAUAUAUAAGCCCUGUCUCUACUGUCUUCUUCUUUGUUUGUAUAGUUUCUAUUUCUCUCAGGGUCUUUCCUAGCUAGCUACUUCCUACUCCGUUAUAGUGUAGUACUACUGCAUUAAUUCACCCAAAAUUGACUUGAAGCAAGCUGUUGUUAUAUAUUAUCUAUCGUUUUCUCUCUCUCUCAGGCUCCUCCACACCUCCUAUAUAUGCGUAGACCGCUAAUUGUAUCUAAUUAUACUUAAUUAUCUGUUAGCACUUGAGUGCUCCUCGUUUACUAUAUUUAAAAAGGAACUCAUAGUCAUGGAUUGAUCUCCACGACAGUGUGUAGAUAGGAGCAGCGUUCAAGUCCAUAUAUGGCGGACAAAGUGCUACGCAUGGCCACCAAUGAGGACAUAGUAGCAUUAGCAUAGAGGCUGACCUCCCAGUAUCCUUGCAUAAGGUGGGUUGUGCUGCGAUGGAUGCAAAACUUGUGGCUGACAAGCAAAUUGGUCGCGAUGACAUAAUGGAGGAACAUAAUGUAACAAAAUCAAUUCAUCAAAGACUGGCUGAGCCAUUCAAGCUUCAACAACAAGGUGGAGAUUUUGAAGGAGCCAUUCAAGAUUUGGUAGAAUUCGAUCAUAAGGUUGAAAGCACACACCAAGGCAUAGCGUUUGGCCCCUCCGUACUCGAUGGUUCUGCUAUAACGGGUCCAGAAUUCAUCUCAACUAAGAAAAAUGGUCGCGAUUACAUAAUGGAGGAACAGUCGGCUGAGCCAUUCAAGUUUCAACAACAAGGUGGAGAUUCUGAAGGAGCCAUACAAGCUUUGGUUAACGUUGAAAGCACGCACCAAAGCAUAGCGAUUGGCCCCAACGUACCCUCGGGUUCUGCUACAACAGGUCAUGAAUUCAUCUCAACUAAGCAAAAUGGUCGCAAUGACAUAACCGAGGAACAGUCGGCUGAGUCAUCCAAGCUUCAACAACAAGGUGGAUAUUUUGAAAGAGCCAUUCAACAUUUGUUUAAGAUGUUCCAAUGCAUAGCGAUUGGCCCCCCCAAAUACUUGGGUUCUGCUACAACAGGUCCAAAAUUCAGCUCAAAUAAGCAAAAUGGUCAUGAUGACAUAGCGAUUGGCCCCUCCGUACCCUUGGCUAAGCAGACAGUUGGCGAUGAAGAUUUGCGCUUGGGUUCUGCUACAACAGGUCCAAAAUUCAGCUCAAAUAAGCAAAAGCGCUUGGGUUCUGCUACAACAGGUCCAAAAUUCAGCUCAAAUAAGCAAAAUGGUCGUGAUGACAUAGCGAUUGGCCCCUCCGUACCCUUGGCUAAGCAGACAAUUGGCGAUGAAGAUUUGCGCUUGUACCAGCAGUUGUACGGCUACGCAAGUCAGGGCAAGAUAGAUAGCUUUAUUAACACCAUUGAAAGUAAGCUUAAGGCCAAUGCUCCCGAUCGGCUUCUGUCUCGACUAAACCCCCAUAACAACACACUACUUCACAUAGCUGCGAAAUUUGGUCAUGCGAAACUAGCAGCCAAGAUCCUACAACAUCACAAGCCCCUUUUGUUUGAGACAAACUCCGACAGAGACACUGCGCUCCAUAUUGUGGCCAAAGCCGGGGAUUUAGAUACCACAAACACUCUUCUCCGUGAAGCCCAAAGUCAUGAUGUAUUCAUAUUGCUAACCACGAGAAAUAAUGAGCAAAACACUCCCUUGCACGAGGCCCUGAUUCAUGGUCACCAAUCAGUAGCAAAGUGUUUGAUAGAGGCCUAUCAUGUCCUUCGUUUUGAUUGUAAUAAGGAACGAAAGUCCACUUUGUAUCUGGCCGCUGAGGAAGGGUUUGCUGAGAUCGUGAAGCUAAUACAAAAAAAAGCAUUUGAGCAAAACAUACAAGUUCAUGUCCAUGGCAAGUCCCCACUGCACGGUGCAAUUCUAGGCCGCAGAAACAAAGAACUCUUAGAGAUAAUAUCAAGGAUGGAGGAAACGUUUCAAAGCCCAAAAGAUGAGAAAGACAGGACUCCACUACAUUGUGCAGCAUCAAUUGGUUAUAUGGAAGGGGUUCGUUUCUUAUUAGAAAGACACCUCUCCGAUUCUCAUCAAGUGGAUCAUCGUGGCAACUUUCCCAUCCAUUCAGCAUCAAGCGAAGGUCAUGUCAAGAUUGUUAAAGAGCUGCUUCGACAUUGUCCCGAUUCAACAGAAUAUAGGAACUAUAAUUUCGAAAAUAUACUCCAUGUUGCAGCAAGACGCGGCAAAGACAAUGUUGUCAAAUAUUUUCUCAAAAAUGGUGAGUUUCAAAUGUUGAUAAACCAAAAAGACAGCAACGGAAAUACUCCUUUACAUUUGGCAACGAAGCACCACCAUCCCAAGGUUGUCUACAGAUUGGCUUGGCAUAGAGGGACAAACUUAAAGCUCUUGAAUGGUAGGGGCGAGACAGCUCUUGACAUUACAGAAAGCAAUUUCGGAACUAUUGAUUCAUAUCAUGGGAGCCUUACAUGGACGAUAUUGAAAUCUGCUUUCGCACAGCCAGCUCAGAGUUUGCAUGUCCUCCAAUGGUGGAGAUCACCACAAGUAGCAGACAAUGGUGGAGAUCACCACGAGGAAAGGUUUAAGGACAAGGUGAAUGCUCAGAAUUUGCAUGUCCAAAGUAGAAAACAGAGAUCAACACAAGUAGCAGGCAAUGGUGGAGAUCACCACGAGGAAAGGUUUAAGGACAGGGUGAAUGCUUUAUUAGUGGUUGCCACACUUGUUGCCACAGUGGCAUUUGCAGCCGGUUUCACAAUGCCCGGUGGCAACAACGAUUCUGCCCCUCAUGAGGGCAUGGCAAUCUUGCUAACCAAAGCUAUGUUCCAAACCUUUGUGAUUUGUAACACUAUAGCUAUGUAUACUGCCACCCUUGUUGCAGUCUCUCUCAUUUGGGCGCAGUUGGAAGACAUAAAUUUGGUGUACAAUGCUCUUCGUCUCGCAUUGCCGCUGCUGGGGAUUGCGCUUACCAUGAUGUCCUUAGCCUUCAUGGCUGGGGUUUAUGUGGUAGUUAGCAAUCUUCAUUGGCUUGCCUAUGUUGUAUUGAUCCUGGGAGUCCUUUUCAUUUUCACUGUCUUAGUAGUUUUCACUCCACUCUUCUGCAAUACUACUUCUAGGUUCUACAUCCUUCGUCGUAUCACUUAUUUUCUCUUCUGUGUGGAAGUAUGGGCUUCUGGAAGUCACAAGAAGGACCAAAAAGAAGACUGAUCUCCUUGGUUGCGCGACACUGGGGCUUAAGUGGUAGUUCUUGUGUUCCCUAAAAAACAGUAGUAGUUUUUCUGUUUCAUGUACUUUAUGUUGUAGUUAAGAACUUUGAGAGUGUAUCUAUUAAUAACUGUGUCACUUUUAUUUUAGGGAGCUUUAGUUUUAACACACUAUAUAGUUUACUACUUUGG